CGGGAGUGUUCGGGUUGCCGGCGAUAUCUGCCCAGAGAUCGUUGCUCGAGUGACGCAGCGCCGUAACUGUGUGCAGCAGCAGCAUGUAGUGAAACUGGAUUACCAGUUGAAAUCGGAUCAUCCCCAACGGCAGCGGCACCGCCGCGUUUAUGACUCGGGGUAAAAAAGGAGACGAGGACGAGAGGGAGGAGGGCGAGCGAGGCGGAGGUGGUGCGUGCCUUAAUUUUGAUGACCAUUGCGUGACGGAACCGAAUCAGGACAUCAACGAGUCUCUCCAAAGAUCGACGCCUCUCCAUCCUGAUGAUGAUCAGAUGAUGGAUCUGCAACACAUGAGACGUACAACACCUUCCUUUUGCGGAGGUCGCAUAUCCUCCGACGUCAUUGACCCCCUGGACUUCCCCUGUUCAUCAGGGGGAGUCCAGGGACCCGUCCCCUGGGACUGCGCGGCCUCCCACCGCCCCCGGGGUCCCAGGGGACCCAGUCCCCGAGGACAUGUCUUCGGGGAUACGAAUCAUAGUAUUCGAACGCAGGGACCACUAUCCCGCACUUCAGAACAUCAUGAUUAA